AUGGUACGCUCGAUUGCCUCCUCUGAUUUUGGCACUGAUUUUCUAUGCUCCAGCGACUCCGGCGACUCCUCUGAUACGGCCUCUGCUGCAGCAGCCCGUGAAAGGGCAGGUCGAGCCGAAGCAGAGCGUAGGCGUCGCAACUUUCGCGAGUGGUAUCGCCGACGGCUGGCUGUUACGCUGUGCGAAAUCGCGGUCGAAGCUAUGUACCAGCGGGACUGCCAAAGCUCCCGACAGGUCGCAGGGCGCCUCAGUGCCUUCAAGCGCCGGUGUGCGGGUCACACCAUGGCGAGCGUGGUGGAGUUUACCCUUCCACAACUGGAUCAGGGAGCGGCGCGGGCUCUACAUCAUGACUACGACCUCCUGCAGGAGCUCUACGAUGAGCCCUUUCCCCCGAAUGACGAGACUUGGAUUUACUCUGACAUGGUUGGAAGGCCACAGGACCCCAGUCGUGCUCAAGUGGAGCAACGGGUACAGCUUUUCUUGCUGCAGUCAUUGGUGCCUCGACUUCAGUCUGCCGGCCCGGAGUUCCUGCACCGUGCCAUUCUCUGCGCGGGAGGAGGCUUGUACCGCGAUUUUAUCUGGUUGGUAUGGCCGCUUUUUACAGGCGAUGACCGCUUUGCCUUCCAGCAGUGGUACUAUGGAUGGUCAGAGGGCCAGCCUGCAGAUGGGGCGGAAAGCGAGCGGCCCGAGAGGGCCGCCCUGGUCCCAAGUCCAGGGCUGAGGCCAGUACCGCAGAAGACCCGGACGGCUGAGCCACCCGAGAAUCCCGCCAGGUUGUACAGUAUCACGCCCCAGUCAUUUGCUCUGUUGCAGUGGCAUCGCCGGCAGCGGUCAUUGGCUCUUUUCCGCGUUCGAGUCGAGGUCUGCGACCACUGUUUCAAGCGUGGCGAGCUUCGGUUGACUUCUGCAAGGCCUUACAGCAGUGCAUCGCUUGACCCAGCGCUUGAGACCGAAGACCUCCAGGAACUUGCCACGUUACGGAGCUAUUUUCAGGAUUUGUAUGAAUCAAGCGCUGUUGAGAACAAAGACUGGUCCCUUCAGCAAGCCUUUAAUGUCACGGAUUUAGAGGUGCACAGAGCCCUGUCAGCCUUGAUGAUUCGCAAAGCUCUCCCGCCGGGGCACGCUCCUGCUUUGCUGUGGCACGCUACCAGCGACUUGCUUCACCAACGGGUGAAGGAAGCCCUUAAUUCGUGCCUGGGCCCUGGGAAGAUUGAGCUGGACUCAGACUGGAACAAGUCGUACUUAACCUUGAUGCCUAAGGUGGGCAAACCACCUAGCUGUCCUGCGAACUUGCGUCCAAUCAAUCUCUUGCCGGCUUUUCCUAAAAUGCUGGCACGCAUAGCAGCUGAUCGCCUCACGCCCCUGGUGGCGCACGCACUCCACGGCCUUCCCCAGUAUGCAUACUCCGGGGGUCGUCAGACUUCAGAUUCGCUGGACCGCGUGCUAUCGCACUGUCAGGGCAUUACAGCUAGGCUAGCGGGGCUCCCCACUGGCACACUGGGGCGCAGUGCGCUGCAUGCCCGCCACCAACUGAUCGGAGGAUUGCAGCUUUCCCUUGACCUUAAGAAAGCCUUCGAUCGAUUACCCAGGUGUAAGUUGCUAUUGGCACUACAUAGGGUCCAAGCCCCACCAGACUUAGUGUCGUUGGUCAUGUACAUUCAUGACUCGGCAGAACUGGUUGUGGAAAGGCAUGGCAACCAAUCCUUCGUCCGCCUUGGCUGCGGUAUCAGGCAAGGCUGUGGCCUAUCGCCUAUACUAUGGCUGGCCUUCACUGUGCUGGUCCAUGACGUACUGGGAGAAUAUUUGCUUGCAGAGAAUUUGACGGGUUUUGCCGAUGACUAUCAUUGUUGUUGGGAGGUCCAGUCCACAUUAGAUUUUCACAACGCUUGCAAACAGAUAUGCCGCAUCAUCAUUGACUUGGAAAGUUUAGGCAUGGAAGUGUCGGUGGAUAAAACGGUCAUCCUCAUGGCGAUCAAAGGGGCAUCUGCUGCCAGCCUCCUGCGGCAGUACACUUGUCGCACGCACGACGGCCGAUACCUGCUACCGCGGCUUGCCGGCCGAUCCUUCCGCCUCCCUAUUCGCCGGAAGCAUCCUUACUUGGGGGUGCAGAUAGGAUAUGGUCAAUUCAUCAGGGACUCAACUACGUACAGAAUUCAGCAAUCCUGGAUAGCGUUCAACCGUCUGAGGACCGGAUUGCUCAGAGUCGAGGCAACCUUUCACAUUUGCUCACCCCUCGCAUUUUGCAGUGGCAAGACCUGGUUCUCAGUCUGCGGCCAGGCUUUUCCAAGCACACAUGCGCUCAGUGUUCACAUGGGCAAGGCCCAUGCCGAAGCAGGCGAGCAGCCACCUGUCUCCUCUGCUCAAGGGGUCAGAGUCUUCUCGAUGGCUUUUGUCGCGCUGGACGAGCUUCAGAGUGCCUCCCAGGAGCUUGCACAGUUUUCGGCAAUGAUGGCUCAGAGCAAGCCCUCUCCCUCACCGGAAGCCUUGUCCACGAAGCCACCGUCUUCCGCGGACCUGGAGACGGAGGAGCCAGCAGCGUCGGUGAUGGACCUGGACCCGGAGAGGGAGAAGCGAGAGAGGGCACCCCUGGAGCUGGGCGAGACGGCGCCCAAGUUCGCCAAAGGAGACACCCAGGCCAGCAGCCAGGAGAAGCCUCCAGCAGUCACGGCCGCAGCUGCUCCCCCCAACCUGGCCCCAGCUCCGAGCAACUCCCGCGAGGAUCGAGGUCGCAGCGACCACAAGAACUGGUGGGGAGGAGGCAGCAAUCGCCGACAGGGCCGUGCGGACCAGGACGGCUGGGACAACCAGUGGCCAGCCAGGAGGGACAACGACCGACGCGACAACCGCCGCGACGACCGACGGAGCGAUCGCGAGACCCGGGACACUCGCCUACGAGAGUUGCUGCUUGCGAUGGCGAGGUUGCUCCUCCGCCUCGAGGACGCACAGUCCGUGAUGCUGCUCGACACAGAGUUCAUCUUCUUUCUCCAAACCAAGGCGUCCGGCAAUCAGUGGGCGAUAGUAGACAGCUUGCACCAAGUUGCUCUACGCUGGCAUGCGAUGAAAGAGCAGGAUCCCGCAUCCUUGCAGCAACCGAUGCGAGUUGUGCUGCUGACGUGCCUCUUGGAAGCCCUGUUGAAUCAGAUGCAGCUCCUCGAGUCCAACUCGGAGGCGAUGCAAAAAGCGGUGGAAAUGGGUCUGGUCGAGGGCAGCAGCUAUGUGUAUUUGCAAUGGGAUUCGUCCCUGAAAAAACACAUCAAGUCGGCCCAGGAGCCGCUUCCGCACCAGACUGCAGUUCAGAUGGUGCGCCAGCUGCAACACCUGCUGAUUUGCCCGGAUACAGUCGGCAGGUUCCAUGCACUGCGCAAGCUCGCACCGAAUAUGAGCUCGGAUGUGGUCCCCUUCAGCUUGGCGGUGCAGAAUGACUGA